AAUCGAGGCUUCUAAGCUCAAAGGAAGACAUGGCCGCUCAUUGAAAAUUGAAAAGGGUAUCGUACAUAAUAAAGAAUAUAAAGUGGUGUGUUGGCCAAUUUGAAGAAUAAAGAAAUAUUUCAAAAUGAUGUCAUCUGGGGAUCCUGGUUUGCAAAGAGUACCACAGUUCUCAUACACUCCUGAGAACAUGCAACUUCUUGGCAAGGCCAUUCAAUCUAUGCAAGAGAAGGGUUUAGAGUCAGAUCCUCGAUAUAGCACAUUGUUAACAUUUGCUCGUAAUGCUCAACAAAUGCAACAGAUUCAAGGUCUUUCGAAUGAAGGUAAUAAUCCGAUGGGGAACAUGAUUGCACCAUCUGGACAGCAGCCUGGGAAUACUAGUCAUGAAGGUUUCAGCAAUGAAGAACAUUCUAUUAUGCCUGGAAAUCCUGCAAAAACUACAAGUUUUUCUUCAGAGCAAAUAAAUCAAUUGAGAAGUCAAAUAAUGGCAUAUAAACUGUUGUCACAUAACCAACCACUCACAGAACAGAUUAAAAUGUCAAUCCAAAGUAAAGGGCCUACAUCUCGAGUGUCAAGUGCACCUCUUCCAGCAGAUCGCACAGCACAAAAGGUUCCAUCUGAUAACACGGCCAAUGAGUUCAAUAACUAUGGUUCUCCAGCAGCAAGUACAGCUAAUGCAACCACUUCUCAACCAAAACAAGAGAAAACAAAAGAAGAAGAACAGAAACCUCUGGUUACGCAAGCAGCCCAAGCUGUGCGUCCUGCCCAAACCCCAUCAAGACCUGCAACAGCAUCGCAGAUUUUGGCCACAAUACAGAAUCCUGCUCGUUCCAGAUUGGCUCCUGUUGCAAAACCUGCCGGAUUAGAUCCGGUUGCAAUACUUCGAGAAAGAGAAAGCAGAAUUCAGGCUCGAAUAACCUUACGUAUUCAUGAAUUAGAGGGGCUGCCAUUAAAAUCGUUGGCAGAAGAUUUGCGAUUGCAAGCUACCAUUGAACUGAAAGCAUUGAGGCUUCUAAACUUUCAGAAGCAGUUGCGUGCCAAUGUUGUGUCGUCAACUCGUCAAGAGACAACGUUGGAAACUGCGCUCAACUCAAAAGCCUACAAACGCAACAAGAAGCAAUCUUUGCGAGAAGCCAGGAUAACUGAAAAACUGGAGAAACAACAGAAGAUAGAGCAAGAACGAAAGCGAAGACUGAAACAUCAGGAUUAUUUGGCGUCCAUUAUUGCGCAUGGUCGGGAGUUUCGAGAAUUUCAUCGUGGUAAUAUUUCCAAGAUUGGAAAACUUAACAAAGCUAUAAUGAGUUAUCAUGCUAACAGUGAUAGAGAGAGGAAGAAAGAAGAAGAACGAUUAGAGAAAGAAAGGAUGAGACGUCUUAUGGAAGAAGAUGAGGAGGGUUAUCGUAAACUUAUUGAUCAAAAGAAAGACAAGCGUUUGGCUUACCUUCUUGGCCAAACUGAUGAGUACAUCAGUAAUUUGACCCAGCUUGUGAAGAAACAUAGGAUGGAUAUCAAAAGAAAGAAGAGAGAACAUCGCAAGAAACGCCGAGAACUUGAGGGUGAAUUAGGGGAUAUGAUUGAUAGUAUGGAUCCUGAGGAACAUGUGGCUGUUGUCAAUACAGAAACUGGUGAAAUGUUGACUGGCAAUGAUGCACCAACUGCUAGUAAAGUCGAAGAAUGGCUGGCCCAAAAUCUCAAUUAUCAAGUUGCUCCUCGUCAAGAAGAUUCUGACAAUGAAGAUGAUGUUGAUGAAGACGAAGAUGAUGACGAAGACGAUGACGAGGCUGAUGAUGACGAUGGAGAGGAAAGACAAAAGAAAACAUUAAAAAGCAAAACUGAGGAAGAGAGAAGGAAGGAGGAAUAUGGUGCUGAAGAUGAUAUUGAGAGUACAACGGUUUACGAGAGCAAGAAUUACUAUAACAUUGCCCAUGCAUUGAAGGAAGAUGUCAAACAACAGCCAAAUAUUCUCGUUGGUGGAACAUUGAAAGAGUAUCAGAUCAGUGGUUUGGAGUGGCUGGUCUCCUUACAUAACAAUAACUUGAACGGCAUUCUUGCGGAUGAGAUGGGUCUGGGAAAGACAAUUCAAACAAUCGCUUUGUUGUCGUAUUUGAUUGAGAAGAAGAAGAUUAUGGGGCCAUUCCUGGUUAUCGUUCCUUUAUCUACUUUAUCUAAUUGGACUCUGGAGUUUGGAAAAUGGUGCCCUUCGAUAAUUUCGAUAUGUUAUAAGGGAUCACCGAACUGUCGACGUUCUCUAGCCAAUCAGAUCAGGACUGGCAAGUUUAAUGUUAUUCUUACAACGUACGAAUACGUGAUGAAAGACAAAGCUGUACUUGCCAAGGUGCGAUGGAAGUACAUGAUUAUUGACGAGGGUCAUCGAAUGAAGAAUCAUCAUUGUAAAUUAACUCAAGUGUUAAAUACAUACUACUCUGCGCCUCAUCGGCUACUUCUGACUGGUACACCUUUACAGAAUCGUCUUCCUGAGAUGUGGGCAUUGCUGAAUUUCCUGUUGCCAUCCAUCUUCAAAUGUUGUAACACAUUUGAUCAGUGGUUUAAUGCACCUUUUGCAAUGACCGGAGAAAAGGUGGAGUUGAACGAAGAAGAAACUUUGCUCAUCAUUAGACGUUUGCAUAAAGUUCUACGUCCAUUUUUGUUACGGCGUUUGAAGAAAGAAGUAGAAUCUCAGCUGCCAGAAAAGACCGAGUACGUGAUCAAGUGCGACAUGUCCGAUUUACAAAAAUUGCUGUAUCAACAUAUGUACAAGAAAGGAGUGUUAUUGACAGAUGGUUCUGAGAAAGAUAAAAAGGGUCGUGGUGGAGCUAAAACAUUGAUGAAUACUAUCAUGCAGUUGAGAAAGAUUUGUAACCAUCCAUUUGUAUUCCAACAUAUUGAGGAAUCAAUUGCUGAGCAUCUUGGUUUUACCGGAGGCCUGGUGCAAGGACCACAGCUUGUGCGAUGUGCCGGGAAAUUUGAACUUCUCGAUCGAAUUCUGAUGAAAUUGAUAAGCACAAACCAUAGGAUACUGUUGUUCUGUCAAAUGACGUCUUUGAUGACAGUUAUGGAGGAUUACUUCAAUUUUAAAGGGAUAAGAUAUCUACGUCUGGACGGAACAACCAAAGCUGAAGAUCGUGGACAUCUUUUGCAACUCUUUAACGCUCCCAAUUCCAUUUAUUGUGUGUUUCUGUUGAGUACCAGAGCGGGAGGUUUGGGAUUGAAUCUUCAAGUGGCAGAUACAGUUGUUAUAUUUGACAGUGAUUGGAACCCUCAUCAGGAUCUGCAAGCGCAAGAUCGUGCACAUCGUAUCGGUCAAACAAAUGAAGUCAGAGUUCUUCGUCUGGUUACUGUCAACAGUGUUGAAGAAACCAUUCUAGCAGCUGCUAGAUAUAAACUCAAUAUCGAUGAAAAGGUCAUUCAAGCAGGAAUGUUUAAUCAGAACUCAACAUCUGGUGAGCGUAGAGCUUUUCUGGAGGCUUUGCUUGAAAACGACAAAGAUGAUGAGGAGGAGGAAAAUGAAAUCCCAGAUGAUGAGACCGUAAACCAAAUGAUUGCCAGAAGUAUUGAAGAGUUUGAGAUAUUUCAGAAAAUGGACACUGAAAGGAAACUUCUGGAGGAGAAAAGUGGCGGGAAACCACGUUUGAUGCGAAGUAAUGAACUGCCGAGUUGGAUCAUUAAAGAUGAUGCCGAGGUUGAACGAUUGACAAAUGAAGAUGAAGAAGAGAAACUAUUUGGUCGUGGCAGUCGACAGAAGAAGACAGUUGAUUAUAGUGAACCACUAACGGAAAGACAGUGGCUUAAGGCGAUAGAAGAUGGCUGUCUUGAUGAGAUGGAAGAGAGGCAAAAAACUAAAAAAGCAAGAAAGCGGAAACGUCAUGACGAGGAUGGUGAAACUUCUAGUCAAAAAUCAUCAAAGAAAAAACGUGGUCGACCCAAUGUAGACAAAGUGAAAUUGUCACCCAUUGCGGCUGAUUUGAGGAAGAAAAUGAAGAAAAUAAUGAAAUAUAUUAUUCAUUACAGAGACGAAGAUGAUCGUCCAUUAGCACAAAUCUUCACAGUAUUACCUUCAAAGAAGGAUUUGCCAGAUUAUUAUCAGGUUAUCAAACAACCAGUCGACAUCAAGAAGAUCAAAGAAAGAAUUAAUGGGCAUCGUUAUCGCUUUAUGGAUGAUCUGCAAGGCGAUUUUAUGUUGAUGUGUAGAAAUGCGCAAACAUAUAAUAUCGAAGGCUCAAUUAUUUAUGAAGAUUCUGUGGCGCUACAGUCGCUGUUCCUGCAUGUCCGCGAGAAAGUGGAAGCAGGUGAAGAACUGGUGGAAAAUAAACCAUCGAACAGCGAUAAAGAGGAAGAAGAGGAGGAAGAAGAGAUCGAGGAACAAGCUGAUGAAGAGAGCGACGGUUCAGAUGACGCUCAUCAAUCAACGUCACAAGACGAAAUCAGUUGAAUUUAGCUCAAAAUCUAAAUUGAUCAACGUAUUAAUUUAAAAAUUUAAACAGUAAGAAUCACGUGUAAAUCAUGUAACUAAUAUAUACUACGUAAUGCAAUACCAUAAUGAACAUUAAUUUAUUACAACCUGCUCUCGCGAAUUUGCGCUCGUUGGUCAAAAUCAAUUGAUCUUAAUCUGUGCGUUUGAAUCAACCAAUGGUUUCCCAUUAUCAAUUGCCUGUUACCCAUUGGGAAUAUAGACACAUGCAUGCAUGUAAUGAACAAGAUGUAUAUCUACCCGUGCACACUCUUCUAAUGAAACUAAGUAAUGGAAACUAAUUUCAUGCGCUCUAAUCGAUAUAUAUUUCGUCAAUUGAAAUUGACCUGAAAAUUGCUGAGAUUAAUCAUUCUAAACUAAUCAUUCUCCUCUUGCCUCUGCUUCUUAAUUGUUAGUUCAUUCGUUAUUCGUUUAUUGGAGCAGCUCUAGUUCUUGAUGGACACCGUGCAUUAGUAUUUAAUAAUCUGUUGUUGCUAUUGUUGUAUAUAUUAUGGUAUUUAUGGCUCUGGGUACGAGCUUGAGGUUAUUGGGUUAUUUUCAGGGUGAUGACACAGGUCUGGGACUAGUGGCCAAAGAGGAAUCCCCAUUAAAAUUACUUGAUACACCAUGUCGAAAUUAAUUAAGCUUCAUUCCGCUGCUAGUUCCAGACCUUUUAUACUCACGGUCAAAUCAGUUAAGUAGUUGUGUAUGAUGCUUCAGAUCUGGUUGUUAUCGGGCCGUUAGUAAAAGAAACGAAAUG